AUGAAUUUUAAAGGCAGAUUGCUUGGUAGACCCUCGGUAGACCACAGGAGCGCACGCGAGUCCUUGGAACUCCCAAGGUUCUCGUUCGAGGGUGAUAAUCAUCCGCUCGUUAGCACCGAACGUCUGUUCCGACAGUGGCAGCAAGAAGAAAACUCGGGCUACGAAGCCGGCCAAGAAAUCAUGGAAGAGGGUCUUCCGAAAGGCGACGACAUCAUUGUAGGUGUUUCAGAUCUCUUAUGGCACUGCCACUAA